AAAAAAACUAGCCGUUACAAAAUCCAGAAGCGACUAAAGCUCACCGAUUCAUCUUUUUUCUCCCUUCCCUGUGAUCACUGAAUGCAACAAGCAGAAAAAAACCCUAGCCAAUCAGCAAUACGACAAAAACCCUAACUCUGAUCAACUCUUAAGCAACAAUCACAUUGCUCUUUUGAUGGAUUCAAACGGCAAAUCCACUAGGCUUACGCCUAAAAAAUGCUCCAAAAAUUCAGAGAAUUUGAACCCCAAUGUGGAACAACACAGUCCUUGUUUGUCAAAAUCUUCUAAAUCACCAUCAAUGGCAAAAUCGGCGAAGAAACCUCAAAAUUCAGUAUCCAAAAACCCUAACGCAAAUCAAUUGGCUUCGCCUUCUCCCAAAAACAAAAUUCGUCAAAGGAAGUUUGUGAUCGCUAAGAAGAACAAGUGUAAUAGUGAUAAUAUGAAUCCUGCGGUGCCUUGUUGUAAGUGUAAUAAGGCUGGUGGUGGUGAGAAAAAGAAGUGCCUUUGUGUUGCAUAUGAGAGCCUCAGGGCUUCUCAAGAAGAGUUUUUCAUGAAUCGCGGUGGAAAUGAACACAAAGAAAGUGAAAUCGAGAAUUUCGAUAAGGAAAAUAGUGCUGAAAUUGGCAAUGGAGAAGGAAUGAGUAACGAGUCAUUGACUCAAAAACUGAACGUGAAAGUAGACGAGGAGGUUACAAUUCCUGUUUCAAUUUCCGAGGCUGAAUUAGUUGAAUUGGGUGAUUGUUGUGUAACAGAUGAAUUGGCAGAAAGAGCAAAGGAAGACGUGGGGUUGGGUGAAAUGAGUAGUGGGACAAUAAAAAGGAGAAGGGAAAGAUUGUUGGAAGAAGCUAGACAAAGUGUACCUGAAUCAGGAAAAGUGUUGCAUUUAGUUAAGGCUUUCGAGAAACUUCUUUCGAUGCCAAAAACAAAAGAGUGCGAGGAGGAGAAAGGGGAAAAAGAUGAAACUGUAGCAGAAGAUUGUUGCAAGGAACAGAACUGGGCAUUGCCUGGCUUACAGCCUCCCAAUAUUCCCGAGACACAAGUGUCUUCUUCUUCGUUCUGUCCAUCGGAUUUUUUCCUCACCUCUAAGAGUUUAGGCUUGGAUUCGCGUCGUGCCUCCUCAUUGGAUAGCAGCCACGGAAGCUUCAGUAUUUCAAGCAGGACUUCAGGUGGUGGUCGAAGGGGCAGACACAAUGGCGCUGAAUCAUCAGGCACAUUUGCUAGAAGAAACCGGAAGAGAACGCAGCAUAGAGCGACCUCCCAAAAGCCCUUCAAACUUAGAACUGAGGAAAGGGGAAAAUGUAAGGAGGAAGAGUUUUUAAAGAAGGUGCAACAAAUGGCAGAGGAAGAGGAGAAACAGCGGAUACCAAUUGCACAAGGCCUUCCAUGGACAACAGAUGAGCCAGAGUUUUUGCCAAAGCCUCCUGUAAAAGAGAGCACAAGGCCAGUUGAUCUGGUGCUGCACAGUGACAUUAGGGCAGUUGAACGUGCUGAUUUUGAUCAUCAGGUGGCAGAAAAAUUGAGCCUUAUUGAACAAUACAAGAUGGAAAGAGAGAGACUACAGAAGAUGGCCGAGGAAGAAGAAAUUAGGAGGCUGAGGAAGGAACUUGUUCCAAAAGCUCAACCAAUGCCCUACUUUGACAGACCUUUCAUUCCUAGAAGGUCAACAAAAGAUCCCACCAUUCCAAGAGAGCCAAAGUUCCAUAUGCCUGAACAUAAGAAGAUCAAGUGCUGCAUGUCUUGGAAUGAUAUAUACGUACAUACGCAACAAGAGUGAACGGGGAUGAGGCAAUGACAAGUGAGGCAGUCCUGCAAUUGGAGAUCCAAAUUCUACAGGUAGAGAGAUGCAAGUUCUUCGGUCAAUCUAGCCAAUGGAUGUCUAUAGUAUUCUGAGGGUCAAAAUUGGAGCUGCAGUUUUGCCAGUAACAUGUAGCAAUAAGACAGUAAAUAAAAAUAUAAAAGCAGUUUCCUCUUUACCCCUGCAAACAGUGUAAAUGUUGUCAAUGUUCAUUCCAAUAUGAAUAAUGCAACAAGGUUUAAGGUCA